UCCAGACAAAAUUCAGAGUGAAUGAAAUCAGGCUCUUCCCCGUACGUGAAGAGCCUGGUGACGCGAGGCUACUGUUGGGAAACUGUCCAACUUCACUGCAGCUUUUUGUCACCGUCCCGCUCUCGUCUACUUUGCAGGCGAAGCGCAGUUCCAUAGACAUAUACGUAGACGCUGCAUCGAGCGCUGAGCCGUACGUCAACGUCGCCGCCAUAUUGGAUGUGGCAAGCGGAGAAGAUGCCUCAUUCAUGUGCUGCGUGGAAGUGUACGAAUCGUUUUACUGUCCAAACCAAAUCCCAGGGAAUAACCUUUCACAGGUUUCCCAAAGAUACUGCUCGGAGGAAACAGUGGGAAGUAGCUCUCCGGAGGGAAGGGUUUUCUGCUAGCUCGUCUUCCAUGCUCUGCAGUGAGCAUUUCAAGCCGGAGGACUUUGACAGAACAGGCCAGACAGUCAGGAUCAGAGAUGGAGCUGUCCCUUCUGUCUUCAGUUUCUCAGCUCACCCCCAGAGGCCUGUUGCUACCAGGACAGCUGAGCCCUCAAAGAAGGUCCUCAAAGAAGAGACUCUGGCAGUGGACUGUUCCCAGCUUGUCCAAGACACUGAUGAACCCCUGCCUGUACCCAGUGUUGACCACUCCUAUGUCCUGCCUUCAUCACCUGAUGAUCUGAGGGCCAGACUUAGUGAUGCCUUGGCUAGGGUGGAGAGUCUGGAAAGAGAGAAGAGGAAUGCAAAGGAUAGAGAAAGGAGGGCAAAGAACACUGUGUGCAGUCUUCUGGAGAAUCUCAGAGGAAAGAAACACAUAAAUCAAGAGCUGAAAAACAAGCUUGAUUCAUACUCAGGUAAAAUGAAAAUACAAAUUUGUAGAAAAUCUAAACGUAGUUGAAUUAUACUUUACCGUCUUUGUUUAGACUUCCUUGUUAUUUCAAGUGUACUUAAUAAUUAGCUUCUGCUGAUUGAAUUUCAGAAUUUGAUUUCAGAACGGCUCAAAUGUGUUAGUUUGUUGCCUGAAAAAUGGCAAAAAAUAAAAAAUGAGAAGAUA